CUCGUACAGAGCACGCAUGCAAAUAAAAGUAAAGCCAGACUUGUUGCAAUUUCACAGAAGAAAGCAGCAUUCCGAUUUAGCGUGUGAUAUCCUGACUGGGAAAUUCACUUGUUGAAGUGCUGGUUUUCGAUCGCAUUGAUUAAAACUGUUUUGACUCCAAUCUGCGACAGUUGUUCAAAGCAUGUCAUCACACUGGAAAAUUGUGCCGACCUUUGGGCUGGCCGACCAACUCAGUCGAGACAUGUAUGAAGACAUGGGCAUCCAUCGGUUCUUCAAUGACCAGUACAUGGACGGCACAUUCCAUGCUUGGCCCUGGACAGCCCAUUCCGGGCUGCGGAGGUCUCUCGGAGGCAACUUCGAUGAGGUGUACAGGAGACACUGGGAUGGCUUCACCCGGGACUUGCUUGACAACUAUGGCGUGAGGAUCCUAUGUGAUCGGCAUGGAACCCCUACUGAAACAGAGCGCACUGCCGAGGCGACCGGUGUCGGCGACAAAGCCCUGGCAAUAUCCCGACCGGAACACGGCUUCAAGGUUGCUCUCGACCUCAGCGGCUUCACUCCUGAAGAGAUCUCUGUCAAGAUCGUCGACAACAACACCCUGCGAGUGGCGGCGAAGCACGAGGAGCAGACCCAGGGCAGGAGCGUCCAGAGGAGCUACACACGGGAGUUCACCUUGCCCACAGAUGUUAACCUGGAGGCCCUCAAGUCAAGCCUGGAUGCUGGUGGAGUUUUGAGCCUCAAAGCGCCCGGACGAGGCGAGGCAGAGAGGGCUGUACCCAUCGAGCACGUGGCGGCUGGGGAAAAGUCGUCUGAGGCGCUUAAAGAUGCUCCGAAGGAUGACAAGAAGUAGCCUAACUCAAUUACGGACAGUAAAGGCUGAGUGAUAUCGCAGCAGAUAUUUUAUAGGCCUACGUAGUGAGUAUAUUUACGCAUUAAGAGCCUACAUAGGCCUAAUUUACGAGUCACCUCCGUAAGGUGAUAAAAGGCAUGUUCACCAUUGAUUUUAGUUCCAGGGCUGUUGGCGAUGACAAAAAAAAAUUGCUCAGUGAGAAUCAAUUUCAGUUGUUAAAAACUAGCAUCAUAGGUGUAAAAAAGCACGCUUGUGAAUGUAUCAACAAACUGUUAUCUAUCUCAGUAGAAGCUUUUUUAACAUUUAACUGUUAACAUUGCUAGCCUUUCAUUUUAAAAAAGAAAAACAUCUAGGCCUAUCAGUGCGAUUUUUUGUGAAUGAUUUGACAAGUGCAUUGCUUGAAAGCUGCGUUCGGUUUAAGUUGAAAUUAUUUGUGCAGUAUUGUACAUUCGACAAAGCUCUGAAAUACACCAGUGUUUUUGUAGAAGGCGGCAGCAAAAGACAAAUUGAAGAGACAAAUGAAAAACAAUGGUAGGAUUUCCCUUCCUAUUGCAGCAAUAUAACGAUCAAGGGAGAAUGAUUAUAAUGGAAGGUACGCAGGUGUAUCAAUUAUUUUUAUUAUAGACACUAACGAAGGUUAGGCUUUGUGUCAACUUGAAUUCAGUUUUGUUCAGUCCUGGGAGCAUAAAAAAGUGCCACUGAGAAUGUUUAAAUUCCUUGAAGAGAAGUUGUUUAUUAACAGCAUUAGCCCUUCAUUUCCUCAAACCGCUGUCAUAAAAAAAUAUAUAUGUGAUUGUGAUUUAGCGAGUACUUUGUUUUAGAACAACUUCAUCGAUUUUGUACACAGCGCUUUUGUUUCAAUCAAAAAUCAUUUGUGCUGUAUAAAAGAUUUGACAAAGUUCUGAAAUAUGCCAGCGUUUUAGUAAAGACAGCAACAAGAACGAAAAAUGAAAAAAGCAAGGUGUGGAAAUGACUUUAGUUUAGAGACAUUAAGGAAGAUUAGUAAUGUUAUGCAUUCUUCUAACUUCAGUUUUGAUCUGUUCUGUCUUAACAUAAAAAAUGCCUUUGGGAAUGUUUUCUUUCAUGACAAGUUUAUUAAGUCUUGUUUAUGUUAAAGGAUUUCAGUAUUUUGCAAGACAUGUUUAGUCUGGCAUUCACUUUUAAGACAAAUUAAAAGUUCAUGAGUUCCAAA